UUGUGAAAGGGACCUCGCUCUAGAAAAGCAGCCCACAACGGCCCCAGCCUUCAGAGGACGGUGAGCUUCUGAGACGACUUGGCUGAGAGGGGACCAGGCCAUCUGUGUGCCCGUCUGACAUGGAGCCAAAGCGGAUCAGGGAGGGCUACCUUGUGAAGAAGGGGAGCAUGUUCAACACCUGGAAACCCAUGUGGGUUAUAUUGUUAGAAGAUGGAAUUGAAUUCUAUAAGAAGAAAAGUGACAGCAGUCCCAAAGGGAUGAUUCCUCUGAAAGGAAGCACUCUGACUAGUCCUUGCCAGGACUUUGGCAAAAGGAUGUUUGUGUUUAAGAUCACAACCACCAAGCAGCAGGACCACUUCUUCCAGGCAGCCUUCCUGGAGGAGAGAGAUGGCUGGGUUCGGGACAUCAAGAAGGCUAUUAAAUGCAUUGAAGGAGGCCAGAAGUUUGCAAGGAAAUCCACCAGGAGGUCCAUUCGACUGCCAGAGACCAUUGAUUUAGGUGCCUUGUAUUUGUCCAUGAAAGACACAGAAAAAGGAAUAAAAGAACUAAACCUAGAGAAGGACAAGAAGGUUUUUAAUCACUGCUUCACAGGCAACUGUGUCAUCGACUGGCUGCUUUCCAACAAUUCUGUUCGGAAUCGCCAGGAGGGCAUCAUGAUCGCCUCCUCCCUGCUCAACGAAGGGUACCUGCAGCCCGCUGGAGACCUCUCCAAGAGCGCGGUGGACGGAACUGCUGAGAACCCUUUCCUGGACAACACCGAUGCCUUCUACUACUUUCCGGACAGUGGGUUCUUCUGUGAAGAUAAUUCCAGUGAUGACGAUGUGAUUCUGAAAGAAGAAUUCAGAGGGGUCAUUAUCAAGCAGGGAUGUUUGCUGAAGCAGGGGCACAGGAGGAAGAACUGGAAAGUGAGGAAGUUCAUUCUGAGAGAAGACCCUGCGUAUCUGCACUACUAUGACCCUGCCGGGGGGGAAGAUCCCCUGGGAGCGAUUCACUUGAGAGGCUGUGUGGUGACCUCAGUGGAGAGCAACACAGAUGACAGGAGGAGUGAGGAAGAGAACCUCUUUGAGAUCAUCACGGCCGAUGAAGUGCACUACUUCUUGCAAGCGGCCAACCCCAAGGAGCGCACUGAGUGGAUCAAAGCCAUCCAGGUGGCCUCCCGGACGGGGAAGUGAGGACAUGCCUGCAGCUCGGCACCUGCCUCCCAGGGAACCACAUGGAUAAGCUCAAUCCAGGACCAGGCUACUUCUGUGACAGAUCUCACGAGAAAGGGCCCAGGGGUGGGACAUUGUCAUCUGCAGGGGGUCCUGGAGGUAACUAACCCCGUGGUGUGUGAUAUUCGCCUGCACUGACCACAUGGCUCGCUCAAGCCUCUCUGCCGUCCUCUGUGUCCCCCAGGCAGACAUGACAAGCUGUGUGGCCUGGGACACUGUUUACCUGCUCCAAGUCUCUGGUUCCUCCUCUGGAAAAUGAAAGCAUUGAACUAGGAGAGCCCUGAGUUCCUCCCUUGCUUCAAACCCCAAAGCCUUGCGAUUCUAAUACCCAUGGCAGUGCAGCCGGUGUCCCUCGGUGCUCAGGUUUUGACCUUGCCCUUCAGAACUGGAAGCAAUGCUUCCCUUUGAAACCAUUGCCCCUCUGUCUUAAGAGUGCUAGGAGAAAAUCUCUGUGGUUCCCCUCUGUUUCCUUCCCUUGAUGUUGGCCACGAGAUCACAUAUCAGUGUCAAGGACAAGUCUCGUUUUCCUUUCUUGCGCUACCCAGAAACUCCCUGAGAGCCAGCUCCCCAGUGGUGGCUUUUAGCUUGAAGCCUUGUGGCUACAGCCUGAAAAGUUCUGAGAAAAACAUCCGAGGAAGUCAGGAGUUGCCCAAGCCCUCUCCACCCACAGAAGCUGCCCAGAGCAGGUGUGUCCUGCUCCCGCUGUAGGCUGGUCUGGCAAGGGGCUACGUUUGACCCCUUCCAGAUCAUUACUCUAUCUUUUUUUCCCCCCUAAUUAUGACUAGGAACUCCAAAUCUGCAAGAUUAAAUUUCAUUUGAGGGUUUAUAGAAAAAAGUGGCUGGAUGGGUUUUCUCUACGGGGUCUCUCCGUGAGUGAGGGGGCUGGGCAGCUCCUUGGCUGAUGCCCUCCUCCCCCAGCUCCAGCGGGUGGAGGAGCUGGACCCCAGGCCAGCUGAUGGGACGAUGGGUUUGUACAAAGAUGGAUUUGACUUGCACCUACACAGUGUGUGGUGGUGGCCAACACGCUGUGCUGUACCUCAGUCAUUGAUAUUGGGGUUGAGCCUGAGUUUUAAGCAUGUGCUGUUGCAGCUCCUGCUUCACCUCUGAAGGGCCUCACAAACCCAUCAUACACCAGGGGGAUCUGACCAAAUCAAAGGAGGUACUACCUUCCAAUGUUUAUCCCUGCCCACGUUCUAGUGAUUUGAAACCAAAAUGGAGAAAGAAACCAGGUAUGUGGGUGAAGGUGUAUUUUCCAACUUCAGAAGUUUAAUUUUAAGGCCAUAGUGAGGAAAGGGGAGUAGAAAAUUCUUCCUGAUUGUAUCGGCUCCUCUCUUCCCUUUCCCCCCAAAUUCCACACAACCUCCUUCAGGCUCUUCCUACCCCCAGAUUCUUUUCUCAGUGGCCAGGAAGUUCAAGGGGUAAAAGACCACCUUUUCUCUGAUUCUUUAGUAAAUCAUCUUAGAACAUGCACCGUAGUUUUCCCACAUUCAGUGUUAAACGUAUUUAUUCAUGUGGCAUCACUGUUAAGUUUUGAAAUAAAUAUUUACCUUGUUGA